UUUUGUGAUGAGGUGACCAAAUACGAGAAGCUUGCCAAGAUCGGCCAAGGCACCUUUGGGGAGGUGUUUAAGGCCAAGCACCGCAAGACCGGCCAGAAGGUGGCAUUGAAGAAAGUGCUGAUGGAGAACGAGAAGGAGGGGUUCCCCAUCACAGCCUUGCGGGAAAUCAAGAUCCUCCAGCUUCUCAAGCACGAGAAUGUGGUCAACUUGAUUGAGAUUUGUCGAACCAAAGCCUCCCCGUAUAACCGCUGUAAGGGCAGCAUAUACUUGGUGUUCGACUUCUGCGAGCACGACCUCGCUGGGCUGCUCAGCAACGUCUUAGUCAAGUUCACACUGUCUGAGAUCAAGAGGGUGAUGCAGAUGCUGCUCAACGGCCUCUACUACAUCCAUAGGAACAAGAUCCUGCACAGGGACAUGAAGGCCGCCAAUGUGCUCAUCACUCGGGACGGGGUCCUGAAGCUGGCCGACUUUGGGCUGGCCCGGGCCUUCAGCCUGGCCAAGAACAGCCAGCCCAACCGCUACACCAACCGUGUGGUGACGCUCUGGUACCGGCCCCCGGAGCUGCUGCUCGGGGAGCGGGACUACGGUCCGCCCAUUGACCUGUGGGGCGCAGGGUGCAUCAUGGCUGAGAUGUGGACCCGCAGCCCCAUCAUGCAGGGCAACACGGAGCAGCACCAGCUCGCCCUCAUCAGCCAGCUCUGCGGCUCUAUCACCCCUGAGGUGUGGCCCAACGUGGACAAGUACGAGCUGUUUGAGAAGCUGGACCUGGUCAAGGGCCAGAAGCGGAAGGUGAAAGACAGGCUGAAGGCCUACGUGCGCGACCCGUAUGCCCUGGACCUCAUCGACAAGCUGCUGGUCCUGGACCCUGCACAGCGCAUCGACAGUGACGAUGCCCUCAACCACGACUUCUUCUGGUCCGACCCCAUGCCCUCGGACCUCAAGGGCAUGCUGUCCACCCACCUGACGUCCAUGUUCGAGUACCUGGCGCCGCCACGCCGGAAGGGCAGCCAGAUCACCCAGCAGACUACCAACCAGAGCCGCAACCCGGCUACCACCAACCAGACGGAGUUUGAGCGCGUCUUCUGACGGCCGGGCUGCCGUCUUUAGUGCCGUCCUUUCACCUCUGCUUGCGUGACUCGCAUUGUGGACAACGUACGGCACUUCUGUUCUUUACCACGUUUUAUUUAAUCCCUGCCUGGCCAUCUGAAGCCACUGGCCAAGCAGACUGAAGUGGCCGGCUGAAGGCUGGGGUGGCACAGGGGUACUGCACCCCGUUCUGGGUUUCCGGAUGUGCCCAGAGGGUCUCCAGUCACCUUAGGACAGGAAGUGAGGCCGGAGAGGUUCACUGAGAAUUGACUUCCACAGAGCCUGGCGUGACUGGAGGAGGGGACAGGCCCCUCGCCGGCCUUGGGAGUAGCGCCAGGGCCAACUAGGACUCUUGGUUUCUUCGGUAGGAGAAUUUUAUCGUGUUUUUUGCCUCAGUUCAGAGACAUUCCUGGAUGAAGUUUGAUCAGUUAUAAUUAAAAGUUGACCUUUUUUUUCUUUUGCAGUAAGUGCUGUGUUUUCUUUU